AUGGAGGUGUAUGUUGAUGAUAUGUUAGUAAAAAGUAGGACCGCCGAAGAACACCUUCACAACUUAUCGAUCAUGUUCGGCAUACUGAAAGACUACCGAAUGAGUCUAAACCCAAUGAAAUGCGCAUUCGGUGUAUCUUCCGGGAAGUUUCUCGGGUUCAUGAUCAGUCAGAGAGGGAUCGAGGGAAAUCCCGAGAAAAUCAAGGCCAUAAUCGACAUGGAGAGGCCGAAGACACAGAAGGACAUGCAAAGCCUUACCGGACGUGUCGCCGCCUUAACACGCUUCAUUUCCAAAGCUACCGAUAAGUGCGUGCUGUUCUUUAAAGCCUUGAAAGGGGGCAAACGACAUAUCACAUGGACUGCAGAAUGCGACCAUGCAUUUCAAGACUUAAAGAACUACAUGAGCAAAGCACCUUUGUUGUCAAAACCACUCCCAGGGGAAAUCUUGUAUCUCUACCUUUCGGUAUGUAACACCGCCGUCAGCUCGAUGUUAAUACGUAAACCAGAGAAAGCAGAGUUACCGAUAUUCUACGUCAGUAAAGUGCUUCAGAGCGCAGUGCUUCGGUAUCCUCCGUUAGAACAGUUAGCCUUAGCGCUUGUUGUCUCAGCUCGAAGGCUCCGCCCAUACUUCCAAGCGCACGAAAUCACAGUCUUGACAAAUCAACCGCUUCGGCAGCACCUGAGCCAGCCAAUCCAGGUACCGAUGCUGAAGAACCUGGCAUGUAGGGCACCGAAUGCUUCGACCCUUCAUUCCUCGUAUGGAUUCUGCAUGUCGAUGGUUCGACAAAUCAGCAAGGGUGCGGAGCUAGUCUAG